AUGGUCGACAUAUAUCGCCAUUCAUUCUGCAAUAUUUCCGCUACCGCCGCAUCCUCAGACCCCAGCAGCACCGGCCUAUUUUCCACGAGAAGUCUUCCGUCGAGGCUUUUGUUUCCUUUCAAAAUACGCGAGCAGAAUCUAGAAGACAAGACCGGCUUCGAGGUUGGGCCAUGGGUACUAUACAACGAUUCUUCUUGGAAAGAUGAGAUCGAAAAUACACCCUUGAACACCCGUGGGUGGGUUGUACAGGAGCGGUUUCUAGCCCCUCGCAUUGUUCAUUUCACCAAAAGUCAAAUGUACUGGGAGUGCCUUGAGACUACUGUAUGUGAAGCAGAUCCGAACUGGGAACUCCAGACUCUUGCAAAAGACUUUUCUUUGCACCGCCAGCCUAUCCACACAGUGUAUAAAGCGGCAGGACAGCAGAUUAUGAAAACAGUGUCGACAGAUCAGAGAUACGAAGCUAUGGACAGAAAGACUUACCAUACUCUGUGGGGUAACCUCGUGUCUAUCUAUGCGAACUGUGCUCUGACGAAAGAGUCAGACAGACUCAUCGCCAUGUCUGGUAUUGCCAAUGAGGCCAACAAAGAUACAUACCUAGCCGGGCUCUGGAAGGAGGCUAUACACUCCGAUCUGACCUGGAGGACAAAUGCAAGUGAAGGCGCCGAGGUGGUUCGCAAUGGGUCGUAUGCUCCAACAUGGAGUUGGGCUUCCGUCGUUGGAGGACACACGACACUCAGUGCUUUGCAUCAGAGGUACAGCGGCCUUCCAAAGCCGCUCGUGAAACUUGUGUAA